AUGCCAAUGGAACGCCAGCCAGAGGAAAGGGUGACCUUGGAGCCAGAACUGGAAGAAGCUCUCGCCAGUGCCACAGACACAGAGCUCAGCGACCUCGCUAGUAAGGCUCAUAGUCCCUCCAUCAUAUCAGAUACCCCCUUUACAUCAGUGCAUAUUCAUCUGAUCUUAUUACAAUGGCCUUCAAUUUCAGAUGUUGUCAAAGCUGAAAAAGUAAAACCAGCAUUUGAUGAGCCCCCAAACCCAACAAACGUAGAAGAGAGUUUGCAGAGGAUAAAAGCCAAUGAUCCUUUCCUUCUCGAUGUUAACCUGAAUAACAUUAAGAACAUUCCAAUACCAACACUGAAAGAAUUUGCAAAAGCUUUGGAGUCGAAUACCCAUGUGAAGUCUUUCAGCCUUGCAGCAACAAGAAGUAAUGAUCCAGUAUCUAUAGCUUUUGCAGAUAUGCUGAAAGUGAAUAAAACAUUGAGAAGUCUAAACGUGGAAACAAACUUUAUCACGGGAAGUGGAAUCCUGGCUCUUGUGGAAGUCCUGAAAGAGAAUAAGACCUUAACUGAGAUCAAAAUUGCCAAUCAGAGACAGCAGCUGGGGACUGCCGUGGAGAUGGAAAUUGCUCAAAUGCUUGAAGAGAACUCAGCAAUUCUGAAAUUUGGAUAUCAAUUUACACAGCAAGGUCCAAGGACUAGAGCGGCAGCAGCCAUUACAAAGAAUAAUGACUUAGGUGAGUCUUGA